UUCAUCACAGGACUGUCUUACCCCGUCUCUGGAUUUGUAUCAGGAUAUCUGUUCGAGAUAACUGGAGACUUCAAGUUCACUCUCUCGAGAUGAAUUUGACAAGAACCACGCCUCACGAGAUCGAGGGAGAAACAACCUCGUUCUCAUGUACUGUUGAUGAACUGGGAGAAUAUGGGUACCUGGAGUGGUUUCUGAACGACAAACCAUUGGACCUACGGGGUGCGGAUUCCCACAAACAAAUAUACCUUAAUAAAACGCUGUACAGAAAUUACUCCGGCUUGACUCUCAACUGUCUUACGUUCGGGGUACUUGCAAACGUCAACAAAACACUUCAACUGAACGUAUUACAUCCACCGGAUGUAGUGACCCUUGAUGCUAAUUUAACUUCCGGUUUGAUUUAUAAGUUCAACUGCACUGCAUCGGGAGCAAAUCCAGCUGUGAAGAUCACGUGGUUGCUUAACAUAAGUGAUGUGCAGAGCCGCAAAGAUAUCGUUUCCUUGUCUAGAAGUACAGCCCCAUACAUGUGGACGACCUCAAGUUGCCUAACACUGCACACGAGCACUAUAGUGGACGUUGAGGGCGUCAGAUGCAUGACGUCAUUUUUAGACAAUGAUAGUUACGUCGUGAGAGAGCUUCCGUUGGAUCCGAUCGAUAAAGAUACAAGUUUCAUACCAGAAGCAUCAACUACGCAGCCCGGUAAAGGAACAACAUCAACGGAUAAAUCGACUUACGUAAAAGUCUACGUCAUCGUUACCGUUUCUGUUGCCGUAUGUCUCUGUUUCGCCGUAAUGAUUGUUUGGAGAGUCGCUCGCCAACCAAAACCCCCUCAGGAGAUUCCAACAGUUAACCAAGACAGCGAGUUUUCAUCUUGGGGAACCAUUGAAUUCGAGGAGAGUAGAUUACAGCAUCCUGAGGUUGACUUCUCGUUCCCUCGCGAGAACAUCGAGCUCCUCGAGGUUCUGGGUUGUGGGAACUUUGGACAGGUGUACAAGGCCAUCGCUAAGGACAUUCUUGAAGUCGGAAUCACAACACCCGUAGCAGUCAAGAUUCUGAAAAGGUCAUCUGUUACUGAUGUGGAGGCAGAUUUCAAGAAGGAAAUUACAGUCCACGAAACCCUGACCGCCCAUCCAAAUGUCGUCUCCAUGUUGGGAUACUGUAUAGAAACAGAUCCUUUCUACUUGAUUCUUGAAUUCCUUCCUGGAGGAAAUCUUCAAGACUUCCUGAAGAAGAAUAAGUUAUCUUGGAAGGAGUCAAUAGAGGAUGACCUUGAUGUUGAACCGAUUUCUCCCUUCCAGCUCCUCACGUUUGCAUCUCAGAUAGCAAAUGGCAUGGAUUACUUAUCGUGCGUGGGGUGCAUUCAUCGCGACCUCGCAUCUCGUAACAUUCUACUGACUGAAGAGUUGGUGUGCAAGCUGUCCGACUUCGGACUGGCACGUGAUGUGUCGGCGACAGACCAAUACGAAAUGACGUCAAUGGGACUGUUGCCAGUCCGUUGGUUAGCUAUGGAGUGCCUCGUGGACAACACAUACACCACGAUGAGCGAUGUGUGGUCAUUUGGAGUCCUGCUGUGGGAAAUUGUGACAUUGGGUGCUCAUCCCUAUCGUGGUAUGACAACAAAUGACAUCAUUGGAUCCUUGGUUGAAGGCUACAGGUUACCACACCCAGCACAUUGCAGUAGACAAGUAUUUUCCAUCAUGAAGGAGUGCUGGAAAGAGGUCCCUCGUACACGUCCAACGUUCAUCAGCCUUAAGAGAACUCUGGACGUGAUGAUCGCAGACGCACCGAUGUACGUGAACAUGUCCAACUUUCAGCCCGACAAAUACAUAUGAGACGCCGUGGCAGAAUGAAAUAUCGACAAAAAGUGGGAACAAACACCCAAACCCUUAAAUUGUACAGAGCAAAAUUAUAAACUGUGUUUUUCUUUGAGGGGGGGGGGGGAUCCACCCCUUAAACGCAGAACAGCAGAAGUGGGAGCAACUCCGCCCUCUAUAAGCUAGUUAAACAUAAUAUACGAACGCGUAUGGACUGGACGGGAUAUGCACGUUAAUAAUAAACUCCACAACAUUUUUUUUUGUACAUCAUUGUAAUAAUAUAAAGUGGGAGGGGAUCCGCCCCCCUGAAUGGCAAACUUAGAUACAAAAGCAAACGGGAAAUCUUACGAGACUAAUGCACAAAACAAUCAUCGUUUUGUGCUAAAAUCGUUUUUUUUUUCAGCCAACACCUUUGACGCAAAAUGGCAGUGUAAAAUAAAUGUUGGUUAUUUAUGUUUGCCAUCGGUAUGACCAACUCUGGUCUUCAGUGUUUGACUCAAACUCUUGUAUUUCUGACCAGUUGAGUGUAUGGGGUUCGAGUCCCAGUCCUGACACUCGUGUCCUUAAGCAAGACACCUAUACUACACCAUAUAAUACUUAAUUAAUACACUGAAACAUCAUUUAGGAAAAACAUGAACACACGAACUGUUGGACUCUGAUUAUGGUGGUAUGCCUAACCCCAUGUAAAGCAUAAUACAUGUAGUCAGUUUUACUAACAGCUGUGCAACCUCAGUCCAC